AAAAAGCCAUUUGAACUAAGAGAAGCAACUUUUUUUGUGAUAUUUAGUUCUUGAUAUGAUUUUUGCUUCUUAAGAAAGAAGUCAGCUCCAAGUAAUACUCAAAAAAAAGGGGGGGUAAACUAUUCCAGCGGGCUUUAACGCCUGUCAUUCACCUUUGUGAAGGGACCUGAGCGUAUGUAAAUCACCCUAGACCCAAUCUUCCUUUAUCAAUUGUGGGCUAUGAGGACAGGAUUUUUUCCCCAGUGGCCAGUUUUGUCACCCUCAGUUAGCCACCAGGGGGCCGCCUGUUUGGAACAAACGCCACUGCUUUCCUCCAAACCAACCAAAACAUCCCGGGGCAGCUUUGGAGCGGAGCCCAGGAACUUCCCUGCAGAGGAGAACUUGCCUCCUGCAACAAAUCCUGCAAGUUCGGUGCAGCCAUAAUACGGGGAAGAAUAAAGCCCCGCUUCACGCUCUAGGACCGAGGGGAAAUUGGAUCGAUCGCUGUAUUCGAGCAUUCUUCUAGCCCGGAACGCCGCCGCCUGCUUCGUUUUCUCGCUGUCUGAACUCUCGGCCUGCAGGACUUGAGAUCUAUGGUUUUCCUUCCAUUGGCUGUCCUGCGUGGGUGCCAAGUUCUACACUUGAUUUGAUGGAUCAGAAGGAGAUGUCAGUGAAAGGAAGGGUCCAGAAUGUUUACUAACCUAUGACUCCCAACAGUAUGACAGAAAAUGGCCUUCCAGCCUGGGACAAACCGAAGCACUGUCCAGACCGAGACCACGACUGGAAGCUAGUAGGAAUGUCUGGAGCCUGCCUACGCAGGAAGAGCCAUUCGGAGAGGCACAGCCCAUUGAAGAAUGAACAGUCGUCACCGCAUCUCAUCCAGGCCACUUGGACCAGCUCGAUAUUCCAUCUGGACCAUGACGAUGUGAAUGAUCAGGGUGUCCCAGGUGCCCAAACCUUCCAAACGGAAGAGAAGAAAUGUAAAGGGUACAUCCCCAGUUACUUAGACAAGGACGAGCUAUGUGUAGUGUGCGGUGACAAGGCUACUGGGUAUCACUACCGCUGCAUCACCUGUGAAGGCUGCAAGGGUUUCUUUAGAAGAACCAUUCAGAAAAAUCUGCAUCCAUCCUAUUCCUGUAAAUAUGAAGGAAAAUGUGUCAUAGACAAAGUCACAAGAAAUCAGUGCCAGGAAUGUCGCUUUAAAAAAUGCAUCUAUGUUGGCAUGGCAACAGAUUUGGUACUGGAUGACAGCAAGCGGCUGGCAAAGAGGAAACUCAUAGAGGAGAACCGAGAAAAGAGGCGGCGGGAAGAGCUGCAAAAAUCCAUCGGGCAUAAGCCAGAGCCUACAGACGAGGAGUGGGAACUCAUCAAAACUGUCACUGAAGCCCAUAUGGCCACCAAUGCCCAAGGCAGCCACUGGAAGCAGAAGCGGAAAUUCCUGCCAGAAGAUAUUGGACAAGCACCCAUAGUAAAUGCCCCAGAAGGCGGCAAGGUUGACUUGGAAGCCUUCAGCCAUUUUACAAAAAUCAUCACACCAGCAAUUACCAGAGUGGUGGAUUUUGCCAAAAAGUUGCCUAUGUUUUGUGAGCUGCCAUGUGAAGAUCAGAUCAUCCUCCUCAAAGGCUGCUGCAUGGAGAUCAUGUCCCUUCGUGCCGCUGUGCGCUAUGACCCAGAAAGUGAGACUUUAACCCUGAACGGGGAAAUGGCAGUGACACGGGGCCAGCUAAAAAACGGGGGUCUUGGGGUCGUGUCAGAUGCCAUAUUUGACCUGGGCAUGUCUCUGUCAUCAUUCAACCUCGAUGACACUGAAGUUGCUCUCCUUCAGGCUGUCCUGCUGAUGUCUUCAGACCGCCCAGGGCUCGCCUGUGUUGAGAGAAUAGAAAAAUACCAAGAUAGUUUCCUGCUGGCUUUUGAACACUAUAUUAAUUAUCGGAAACACCACGUAACACACUUUUGGCCAAAGCUCCUGAUGAAGGUGACAGACCUGCGGAUGAUUGGAGCCUGCCAUGCCAGCCGCUUCCUGCACAUGAAGGUGGAGUGCCCCACGGAACUCUUCCCCCCUUUGUUCCUGGAAGUGUUCGAGGAUUAGACGGGCCCAACUCAUUUCUCACAAUUCCUACAGCACUGUUGGGCACCAUUUCAUUCCAUUGCCUCACUCUGCUCUGUUUGUUCUUUUGUUUCUUUGUGUUGUGAGGGAUUGAUGGGGUG